AACAGCUCCAAGCUUGAUCAAUUGCUGUCCACGAGAUGACUCCGUAUGAAAAUCUCAUCAUCCCCAAUCCACUAUUACUCUGCUACCACUUUCCGUCACAGUUCCUGUACAUAACAUUCUUUUUCCAGCCAUGCGCUCCCAACUGACCCGGAGUGUCUUCCGCCGACUCCUCUCGAGCGAAGGCCUCACCUUCCGCUGCCCAUCCCAAGUCUCCCUCCUCCAACGACACCGUCACCAUGCCUCAAAUCCCCUCCUACGACCUUACCCUCAGCGCACCCUCUUCGGUUUCUCUCGCAAGCCGCCUCGACAGCCGAAAGAUCCUGACCUCGUCCCAGGCUUCAGCAAGAUGGUUGACCUCGGCGUCAUGAAUAAUAUCCAUGCUCGUCCGCCUCCGGCUCCUGAACUUGUUACUGCUUGGAGGGCGUUCUUUGAGUAUAAGAAUGCGAGGAAGGAGGCUAUCAAUAAUUUGCAAGCCAAGUAUAUUAUUAGGUUGUUCAAGCAUUUGCAGGGGAUUAGGGAGCGGGUGGACGAGGAGGGUAGACUUACCGCUGAAGACCUGAGGAAAGCGAGAUUUGCCUUUCUACGUAUGCCCAACGAUAAGAAGGAUCUACACAAUACGAUGGCGAGGGAGAUUCACAAUGCUUUGAAUAGUAUUGCGGAUCCGGAUGCAGAUGCGAGCAUUGGGGCUAGGAAACAACUCAUACGGGCUCUGACAUUGACCGGAGACUCACUGGAGGCGAGAGAUCUUGUGAUGGAAUUCGAAGCCGAAAGACAAGCAGAGACAAAGGCGGAAGGGCAGACAAAACCACGUUUAACGCGGGUUAAAGAGUGGAAUUUGAUACUUGAAGGAUUUAUGAGGGAAGAUAAUGAGGAGGAGCUUUUGAGGACUUUUGAGAUGGCGGAACAGCAUGGAGUGUUCUACAACCGUGAAAGUCAACGGAUUAUGACGGGGUUCUAUGCAUCCAAGGAUGAUGUUAAGGCAACUAAAGAGUGGUACACCAAACCCAUGCCAAACCCCGGGGUUCCGCUACCGUCAACAAUGUCGACUCUUCUGAGAUUUUGUAUAAGGAAUCGUGAAUUCGAAUGGAGCAGGACUAUUUUUCGAGGACUAUUAGAAAUGAAUCCGAAAAAAGGGAAUUGGGAUGUUGUCCUCCAGUGGGCAGCUGGAGCUAUGGGGAAGGGCGUCGAGGAUGUGGAACGCAUGAUUCAAGUCAUGAUACGACAUAACCAGGACAACGAGUCCGUGACACCAGAUAUAGACACCAUCAAUGGGCUCGUGGACCUUGCUAUGUCCCUCCAGGACCCGUAUCUGGCAGAACGCUACAUCGCACUCGGUCUUAAAUUGGGGAUCCACCCUGAUGCCAGGACAUUUAUUCUUCAGAUGAACUAUCGUGUCGAUGCGGGAGAUCUCACGGGCGCUCAGGCAGCCUAUGAUGCCCUCCAAUCCGAGGAGGUCCUGGACCAUGAAGACCUCCCAGCGAUCAACAAGUACAUCCGAGCUCUUUGUGUCUCCAAAAUGGACUACUACGGCCGCAUCACAUCCAUCGCUUCCGACUUGGAAGAGCGCAAAAAGAGAUUAGAAGCCGACACCGUCUCCGCUCUCUCCAUGAUGUAUCUCCAACGCGAUGAGAUAAACGAGCUAAGCGACCUCCUCCAAACUCAAGCCUACCACUACACAGCGGCUGAACGACAACGUCUCAUCGACGCCUUCAUAUCUUGCUGCCUCGACCGCAACACAAACACCGUCCGCGCUUGGGAAGCCUACAACAUCAUGCGGGCAAUCCUCGACGAACUAUCAGUCCCAGAGCGGACUUCUCUCAUGAACGAGUUCUUCGCCCGCGGCCGUUGCGACAUGGCAUGCCACAUCUUCGGGCACAUGCGCCAACAUCCUUUACCGGAUCGGCGUCCCGUGCUAGAUACCUACAUCCAGUGUUUCCUCGGCAUCGCCUCGUUGGGUGACGGUGAGUAUCUGGAUAUGGUGCACAACAUGCUCAAGAUGGACUCCACCGUUGAACCGAACACCAAGCUUUACAACUCACUCAUUCUCGCAUACACGGAAUGCGAGGACGCAGACCGAGCACUGCAGUUUUGGGAGGAUAUCACGAAUAGUACUGAAGGACCGAGUUAUAGGACCCUGGAGAUCGUGUUCAGAGCUUGUGGACGCAAGCCGUUUGGUGAUAAAAUUGCGAGGAGUAUUUGGAAUAAGAUGAGAGGCAUGGAGAUCGAGGUUACGAAGGAGGUGUUUGCUGCUUAUGUGGGUGCACUUGCCGGACAGGGCAAGUUUGAGGAGGCGAGGGAUAUGGUGGGGGUUGGUGAGAAGGAGUUGGGGAUUAAGGUCGAUUGGAAUUUACUGGGAACAUUCUACAACGCCCUCCCGGGGCAGAACAGGAAAGACCUCGUGGAAGAGUGGGCGAAAGAGACGUAUUCAGUCGUCUGGACCGAGUUGGAAAAACUCGGACAGACGGAACAGAAGGAAGGGCACAGGUUGUUCAACAUGCCGAAGCGGGAGAUGAAGGCUUGAACUUGAGGUAGAGAUAUGAAUAGUUUGUAUAAUAUGGAGCUUAUGAACGAUAUGUAGAUGGAUUUUGAAUAUGAAGUAUAAAAAUUGGAUGGUC